GUAUACGCGCGCUUCCUCCGCUCUGCUAGGCAAGAGGGCUUUCUGUCCUUUCGUCAAAAGUGGAAAAGACGGCGGCAGCCACCACUGGAAAUCCAAGAUCUCAGAAAUAACUCUGAUUGCCCAAAGCGGCAGCGAGAGGAAAGAGGAAGGCAUCGUUACUACAUCCCCCACAGCCAGUAGUUUCCCUUAACCCGGAAGUAAUUCUCACUUCCUCCUCUUCUUCUAGGGUUGGAAAGAGAGGACGAGCAGGUCUGGCCCGGCAUGCCCCGGGCUUCCGGUGACCUCUGGCCCUUUUCUGUCGUCCGCUGCUUAACGUGCUCUUUCGCUUACCUUUUGCCUUCCCUCCGUGGCUCCCAUCUUCCUUCGCACGCUGCCUGGUGACUCUGGCGCCCACGACCAGCAGAGAGAUUGUGGCGGAGGACACUCGUAAUGGCCGCCUCUAAGCCUGUGGAGGCGGCGGUGGUCGCGGCAGCUGCUCCGGGAUCCGGGAGCGGGGUGGGCGGCGGCGGCGGCGGUGGGACAGCAGGCACGGGGGGCCUACCGCGAUGGCAGCUGGCGCUGGCGGUCGGGGCACCUCUGCUCUUGGGUGCAGGUGCCAUGUACCUGUGGAGCCGGCAGCGGCGGCGCGGGGAAACCGGGGGCCGGGGUGACGCCGGCGGCCUGAAGCGCAACAGUGAACGGAAGACCCCAGAGGGCAGGGCCAGUCCGGCCCCUGGCAGUGGACACCUCGAAGGCCCCGGUGCUCACCUGGAAAUGAACUCUCUUGAUAGAGCCCAAGCAGCCAAGAACAAAGGCAACAAAUAUUUUAAAGCAGGAAAAUACGAACAAGCUAUUCAGUGCUAUACUGAGGCUAUCAGUUUGUGCCCUACAGAGAAGAACGUUGACCUUUCCACAUUUUAUCAGAACAGAGCUGCUGCCUUUGAACAGUUGCAAAAAUGGAAAGAGGUGGCACAAGAUUGUACAAAGGCUGUUGAACUUAAUCCCAAAUAUGUGAAAGCACUCUUUAGACGUGCAAAAGCCCAUGAGAAGCUAGACAAUAAGAAGGAAUGUUUAGAAGAUGUGACUGCUGUCUGUAUAUUAGAAGGAUUCCAAAAUCAGCAAAGCAUGCUGUUAGCUGAUAAAGUUCUUAAACUUCUCGGCAAAGAGAAAGCCAAAGAGAAAUACAAGAAUCGUGAACCUCUGAUGCCAUCUCCACAGUUUAUCAAAUCUUACUUCAGUUCUUUCACGGAUGAUAUCAUUUCUCAGCCCAUGCUUAAAGGAGAGAAAUCUGAUGAAGAUAAAGACAAAGAAGGGGAGGUGUUAGAAGUGAAAGAAAAUUCUGGAUAUUUAAAGGCCAAACAGUACAUGGAAGAAGAAAACUAUGAUAAAAUCAUAAGUGAAUGCUCAAAAGAAAUAGAUGCUCAAGGCAAAUACAUGGCAGAAGCAUUAUUACUACGAGCCACCUUCUACCUGCUUAUUGGCAAUGCCAAUGCAGCCAAACCAGAUUUAGAUAAGGUCAUCAGUUUAAAGGAAGCUAAUGUAAAGCUUCGAGCAAAUGCUCUCAUCAAGAGAGGCAGUAUGUACAUGCAACAGCAGGAGCCUUUGCUGUCUACUCAGGAUUUCAACAUGGCUGCUGACAUUGAUCCUCAGAAUGCAGAUGUUUAUCACCACCGAGGACAGCUGAAGAUACUUCUUGAUCAAGUUGAAGAAGCAGUGGCAGAUUUUGAUGAAUGUAUUAGAUUAAGACCUGAGUCUGCUCUGGCACAAGCUCAGAAAUGUUUUGCAUUGUAUCGCCAGGCAUAUACGGGAAACAAUGCUUCACAAAUCCAAGGAGCUAUGAAAGGUUUUGAAGAAGUCAUAAAGAAAUUUCCAAGGUGUGCUGAAGGCUACGCGCUAUAUGCCCAGGCAUUAACAGAUCAACAACAAUUUGGUAAAGCUGAUGAAAUGUAUGAUAAAUGUAUUGAUUUGGAACCAGAUAAUGCCACAACAUAUGUUCAUAAAGGUUUACUUCAACUUCAGUGGAAGCAAGAUCUGGAUAAAGGUUUGGAGCUUAUCAGCAAGGCUAUUGAAAUUGACAACAAAUGUGAUUUUGCAUAUGAAACCAUGGGAACUAUUGAAGUUCAAAGAGGGAACAUGGAGAAAGCCAUUGACAUGUUCAACAAAGCUAUCAACCUGGCCAAAUCGGAAAUGGAGAUGGCUCAUCUGUAUUCACUUUGUGAUGCUGCCCAUGCCCAGACAGAAGUUGCAAAGAAAUACGGAUUAAAGCCACCAACAUUAUAAAGCAGGGAAGGGAGGAAAAUGGCCCUCUUUUUAGAAGUUUAUCCCCUCUUCAACUGAACCCUACAGACACUGUCAUGAACUGUGUUGAAUGGUGGAACUUAGUAACUUUGGUGUUGUCAUUUGUUACAUCUGUUUCAUGUUAGGUGUUGUGGGAGUGGCUGUUGAAGGGCGUGUGCAGCGCUGCAGCUUUUAUUCCCUGUGCAACAAAAGCUUAAAGCCUGUUAAAGGGUAUUACAGUCAAGUUGCAGAGAGUACAAAUGAUAA